AAGAAACAUUAAUUCUAAGUGGUGUAUUUGACAAGUUUGGGAGUGCAUGUUUUGAUAAUGGAUUAUUUGUAUUCGUAUAGAUCAAAUCAUGGUUCAAGUUUUGUUACUGUUAAUUUGUGUAACAAGAGAAUCAGGGAAUUGAAAAUAACAAGUAGGAUUUAUAACAAAGAUUUGAGUUGGAAUAUGGGAAGAGAUUAUUGAGAGAGAAAAGAGCGUCAAUGUAGAUUCAGGCUGGGAAUUAGAGUCGCACGCAACUCAGCUUCGCCGGAAAACGCAGGCGGAGUUGGUCGUCGGCAGAAACAGGGAGAAAUUCUUCCAGGUUGGAACCAAAAUGCCGGAUGUUCAUAUCCUUGUUAAUGAUUUUGUGAAUCAGCUUAAAAAACGUUCAAAGACAGUGUUGGAAUUUCUUUGUGCUGCAAAGGAGAAAAAGAGAUCAUUUAAGGUCUUCGUUGCCGAAGGUGCCCCAAGAUAUCAGGGACAUCUCCUUGCAAAAGAAUUGGCUGCUAGAGGCUUACAGACCACAGUGAUUACUGAUUCUGCAGUUUUCGCCAUGAUUUCCCGAGUGAACAUGGUUAUAGUUGGAGCUCAUGCUGUCAUGGCUAAUGGUGGAGUCAUGGCCCCAGUUGGAUUAAAUAUGGUUGCCCUUGCAGCUCAAAGGCAUGCUGUUCCUUUUGUUGUACUUGCUGGAAGUCACAAGUUGUGCCCUUUGUAUCCACACAAUCCUGAAGUCCUAUUAAAUGAGCUGAGAUCCCCGUCUGAGCUACUUGACUUUGGGGAGUUCUCGGAUUGCAUGGAUUCUGCAAGUGGUGGAAGUUCUCUUCAUGUGGUAAACCCAACAUUCGAUUAUGUGCCACCAAAACUUGUCAGUCUCUUUAUUACUGACACAGGAGGGCAUAACCCAUCAUACAUGUACCGGCUCAUUGCUGAUUACUAUUCAGCUGAUGAUUUGGUUGUGAAACGAAGACCUGCUACUGGGAUUUGAGUUCAACAGCCUCAGUUUUUGUCCUACAAUGGGUGUCUGUUGUCCUCUGAUGAGCCAUACUCUAGAGAGAUAUGUUGUAUGCGGAAGAAAAUGAACCUUGUGUAGUGCUGAGAAUUGGGAAUAUGGAUGUGCACGGUUGGUUAUUUUCAAAAAUCAAACCAUAACCAUUUUAAAAUCAUUUAAAUGGUUUGGAUUUAUAACCAUAACCACAUUUUAAUCAAAACUGGUUAUAA